AUGGGGUUUGAGAUACUUGUCUCAGUGCUUCUAAUUGCGUCGUACCAUUUGCAAUGCGGAGAUAGCCGGAUGACUCUAAGCAUUAAAGAUUUCCUACCUGAUUCUAACGAUACGAAUGUUGAUCAUACUCGGGCGUUGCAAGACGCAUGGAGAGCAUUAUGCAGAUCAAAAAUAUCUAAAUCUCUAGUAAUUCGUGCCAACGAAAUUUAUACAACAAGACCACAAUUAUUUCAAGGUCCUUGUGCAUCUCGUAGGCCUCACAUUCAGAUUGAUGGAACAAUUGAAGCGCCAAAAACGGUAGCGGGGUGGGGAAAAGUUGAGUCUUGGUUACAUUUCGAUAGCAUAACGGGUCUCGUUCUCGAUGGUUCUGGUGUCCUCAAUGCCCAUGGGGAAAAUUGGUGGCCUUCUGUUGAACUCCACUCACGACCACAUUCAGUGAUGUUUAAUGGGUGCAAAUUCCUUACAUAUAAAGGAAUAACUCAAAGGAACAGCCCAAGUAAUCACAUUUCGAUUACUAGUUCCACCGCCGUCACUUUGUCAAAUAUUCAUCUAAUCGCACCUGCAAACAGUCCAAAUACCGAUGGCAUUGAUAUCUCCUCUUCAAAUCAUAUCCAUAUUUUAGGCUCUUCAAUCGAAACUGGUGAUGAUUGUAUUGCGCUCAAUAGUGGUUCACACGAUAUCAACAUAACAAGUGUGACAUGUGGUCCGGGUCAUGGAAUAAGUAUAGGAAGUUUGGGGAAAGGAGGAGCAAUUGAUACAGUACAAAACGUGAAUGUAAGACAUUGCACCUUCAAAGGAACUCAGAAUGGUGCAAGAAUCAAAACUUGGGGUGGAGGACGAGGGUUUGCCAGAAAUAUUUUAUUUGAGGAUAUUACGCUGAUAAAUGCUCAGCUACCCAUCAAUAUCGAUCAACAAUACACCGGUAGAUGCUGUGGAAUGUUUAACGCCGUGAAAGUGAGCGACGUGACAUUUAGACAAUUCAGAGGGACAGUUGCAGAUGGUGUUGCAAUACACAUAGAUUGUGACAGAGUAGGUUGUGAUAACAUUUUGCUGGAGCACAUCAAUAUCGCUUCUUCAUCUCCGAGAAUACCUCUCACCGCCUUUUGCCGAUUUGCGAGAGUGAUCAGUCGCUUUGUCUCCAUUCCUGUCAAGUGUAGUUCUCGUAAUGAUCUUGAAUGUCCAUCACCAUGUCCCCAAGCUCAUGCACCGUAUGCCAAACCGCCAGCACCGCUUGCUCAACCUCCAUCGUUCUUUCCUUUUCCAUACAUAUUUUAA